GACCAUGUACCGGGACCCGGAGGCGGCCAGCCCAGGGGCACCCACCCGUGAUGUCCUGCUGGUCUCUGCCAUCAUCACCGUCAGCCUUAGCGUCACCAUCGUCCUCUGCGGCCUCUGUCACUGGUGUCAACGUAAACUGGGCAAACGCUACAAGAAUUCCUUGGAGACGGUGGGCACGCCAGACUCGGGGCGUGGGCGCAGCGAGAAGAAGGCAAUCAAGUUGCCCACAGGCGGGAAAGCAGUGAACACAGCCCCCGUGCCGGGCCAGACACCCCACGAUGAGUCUGACCGUCGCACCGAGCCACGCUCCUCUGUCUCAGACCUCGUCAACUCCCUCACCAGCGAGAUGCUCAUGCUCUCCCCUGGCUCGGAGGAGGAUGAAGCCCACGAGGGCUGCAGUCGAGAGAACCUAGGCCGGAUCCAGUUCAGUGUCGGCUACAACUUCCAGGAGUCCACGCUCACUGUGAAGAUCAUGAAGGCCCAGGAGCUGCCGGCCAAGGACUUCAGUGGCACCAGCGACCCCUUCGUCAAGAUCUACCUGCUACCAGACAAGAAGCACAAGCUGGAGACCAAGGUCAAGCGGAAGAAUCUGAACCCCCACUGGAAUGAGACCUUCCUCUUCGAAGGUUUUCCCUAUGAGAAGGUGGUGCAGAGGGUCCUCUACCUCCAGGUCCUGGACUAUGACCGCUUCAGCCGCAAUGACCCCAUUGGGGAGGUGUCCAUCCCCCUCAACAAGGUGGACCUGACCCAGAUGCAGACCUUCUGGAAGGAUCUGAAGCCCUGCAGCGAUGGGAGUGGGAGCCGAGGGGAGCUGCUUUUGUCUCUCUGCUACAACCCCUCUGCCAACUCUAUCAUUGUAAACAUCAUCAAAGCCCGGAACCUCAAAGCCAUGGACAUCGGGGGAACAUCAGACCCCUAUGUGAAAGUAUGGCUAAUGUACAAGGACAAGCGAGUGGAGAAGAAGAAGACGGUGACGAUGAAGAGGAACCUGAACCCCAUCUUCAAUGAGUCCUUCACCUUCGAUAUCCCCACGGAGAAGCUGAGGGAGACAACUAUCAUCAUCACUGUCAUGGACAAGGACAAGCUGAGCCGCAAUGACGUCAUCGGCAAGAUCUACCUGUCCUGGAAGAGUGGGCCCGGAGAGGUGAAACACUGGAAGGACAUGAUUGCCCGUCCGCGGCAGCCUGUGGCCCAGUGGCACCAGCUGAAGGCCUGAGCGGGGGCCAGAAGAGGCCUGGGGGGCUGAGGGCCAGGGUCCCCAUCAUGUCCUCGCCACUUUAUGCACAACACCCGGCCUGGCCCCCCUGCCGUGAGUGAGGGGAGGACCCUGAGGCUCGGCCAGGGAGGGGGUCUCAGGACUCGGCCCCAUUUCUAGCAAGUACCAGCCCCACCCCAGCAGUCCAGCUCAGGGGGAGGGGCUCCGGGAGCCAUUUUCCUGCUUCGCCCCUUUCCUUCCUGAUUUGCUGACACUAAAGAAGUGGGAGGUCUAAGAGUCAAACUGGCAGCUGGCCGGGCAGAUCCCUCCAGAGGCCCGCCAGGUGGGCGUGACCCACCGUUUUCUUUAAGGCAGUGCCUGGAGUGAAGAGAGGCCUUCCCCUCCCGCCCACGUGAGGGCGGGCGCAGGACAGGGGAAGUUGAGAGGCGUUUGGCCCCGGCCAGUAGAGGCCUAUCUCUAGGGCAGUUUCAGGCGCCGGCUGGGCCCUGAAUGCCGAGGAGAGUAUAAAUAGCCCGCUCCGGGUCCUGGAGCGGGGGCCCAUUGUACUUGUGUUGUGUCCACCCGUGUGUGU